AUGGACCUCCACCGCUUCUCUCGCAUCUAUGUCAUUGGAGCCCCCGGCGCAGGCAAAGGAUCGCUGUGCGCCAAGCUCGCAGCCGACUUCGGGUUUCAUCAUCUAUCAGUGGGCGACCUCUUGCGACAGCUAGCUCGUUCUGGCCGCAUGGACCCUGAGAUCCUCGACAAGAUCCAGAGAAGCAUCUUGCUGGAGGUGGAAGACCUCGCACCCAUCCUGCGCGAGGCCAUCGCAGAUCUCAAACAAGACGCCCAAGACAAGCUGCGGCUGCUCAUUGACGGAGUUCCACGCACCCUUGAGCAAGCAGCGCCAAUUGAAGAAGCGGCAAGUAUGCCCGAUGGCUCAAUCGGCUCGCCCGACCUGGUCUUGUUUUUCGAUUGUCCGGGCGCGCUAGCCAGACAGAGAUUCUUGACCAGGCAGCUUCCCGGUAGAAUUGACGAUGGGUCGACCUUUGAUGCGCGGUAUCAGCAGUACUGUGCUGAGAACAUGAGGAUUCUUGCACGUUACCAGAGGCGAGGAGUAUUGGUGAAGGUUGAUACCAGCGGUGAUAUCGAUUGCUCUUAUGCACGGCUGCUACAAGGUUUGACUUCAUAUGCGAAAGAAAGUUCUGAAGAUGUGGAGGUCUCGGAUGGGAAUGUUUUGGGCUGA